AUGGAGAUUGGCAGUAAAAGGAUCUGUGGUGUUGCGCGGCGGUCGGCGGCGACGGCCUGCGCAGGAAUGCAACAGGUAACCGAUUCCUGGAAGGCCGUGGUCCGUUACCGUGCCGAAUAUCUCCGGCAGUCAAACGCGCCGACAAGUGCGCCCGCCGGCCACUUGCGACAACGUGCGAUGCACCCACCCCCCUGCCCCCUAACAUGCAUCACCUAG